AUCAACAUUCUGAAAAUUGAAGUUUCUGCUGAACAGGCGAAUGAAGAUGAACCUCUCUUCCUCAAAGUUUCGAUCAAUCUCUUCAAGAAAACGCUUCAUCUUCCUCGCGAUUUCAUGAAUCCAUUGCUGAAUCAGUGGAAGCAAUGGGAGUCGGCGGCCACUUCUGGGAUUUGCUGAAGCCUUACGCCCGAACUGAGGGCUUCGAUUUCCUCAGGAACAAGCGGGUCGCCGUCGACCUCUCCUUCUGGAUCGUCCAGCACGAGACCGCCAUUAAAACCAACGCUCGAAGCCCCCAUUUGAGGCUCUCCUUCUUCCGCACCGUCACUCUCUUUGCCAAGUUUGGUGCGUUUCCAGUGUUCGUAUUAGAUGGAACUCCUUCGCCCUUAAAAUCUAAGGCAAGGAUUAUGAGAUUCUUUCGGUUAUCUGGUAUGGAUGCUUCUGAUCUCCCAAAGGUUGAAGAUCGGAUUUCAGUUGACAGAAACCGCAAAUUUGCCAAAUGUGUUAAAGAAUGUGUGGAACUGCUUGAGCUAUUUGGGAUGCCUGUUUUAGAAGCAAAAGGAGAAGCCGAAGCACUAUGCGCCGAGUUGAAUAGUAAAGGCUUUGUGGAUGCCUGCAUCACAGCUGACAGUGAUGCUUUUCUGUUUGGGGCCAAAUGUGUAAUUAAAUCCUUCCAUCCCAAUUCCAAAGCAAAACAUCUUCACAUGCAGGAACCAUUGGAAUGCUACUUCAUGUCAGAUAUUGAAGCUGCACUUGGGUUGAAUAGGAAGCAUUUGAUAGCAAUCUCUCUCCUGGUUGGAAAUGACCAUGACUUAAGUGGGGUGCAAGGAGUUGGGCUUGAUACCGCUGUUCGUUUUGUCCAAGACUAUACAGAUGAUGAGAUUUUGAAUAAAUUGCAUGAAAUAGGAAACAAGGACAACAGGGUGCUUCAGGGUGGUCUUCAAUUGGCAAACGACUGUGGACAAUCUUCGGACGUGAACUUGAGAAAGAUCAAGUGUUCUCACUGUUCAUACUGUGGUCAUCCAGGCAGCAAAAGAGCUCACGUUAAGUCUCCGUGCGAAUACUGUGAUGCAAGUCAAGGUGAUGGUUGCGUAAAGAAGCCAGAAGGAUUUAAAUGCAAUUGUUCCUCAUGUGAUACGGAUCGAGAAGAAAAGGAGAAAAAGAAGCAAGAAAAUUGGCGAUUAAGAGUUUGCAACAAGAUUGCUGUGGAGCCAAAAUUUCCCAGUAGCGAACUUAUUAAAAUGUAUCUGUGUGACAAUCAUAGUCAUUUCAGUGAUGACGACCUUAUCUUAUCCUGGGGGAGCCCGAGAACCGAAAUGCUGGUUGAUUUUUUAGUUUUUCAUCUACGGUGGGAGCCAUCUUACAUUCGUCAGAGGAUGCUUCCCAUGCUAUCCACCAUUUUUCUCAGAGAAAUGGCGAAUAAUCCAAUUGGAACUUUGUUAUACGGGCAGUAUGAGUUCGAUUCCAUACUUCGAGAGAAAAUAAGAUAUGGACAUCAGUUUUAUGUCGUCAAAUGGAAAAAGGCUGUCCCUGCACUCAGCAAUGUUAUAUACGAAGGCUCUUCUGAGGGAUCCGGUACUGGGCCAGAAGAUGGCAUUGAUGUCGACGAACCCGUGGAUUUGACAGAUGAAUCUGACUCCCCGAAGAUUCAUAUUCAAGACGGUUGCUCCUUUCUACUGACAGAUGAAAAUAUGGACCUCGUUCGUGCUGCUUAUCCCGAGCAAGCUGCCAAAUUUUUGCAUGAAAAGGAAUUGAAAAAGCAGAAGAAAUCAACCUCAACGCCUUGUGGGACGAGCGAAAAAUCAGAUUCAUCGAAAGUGAAAGGUGUCCAGUUGAGUAUUACCGAGUUCUACCGUUCAACCAAAGCACAACAAGCAGCAGAGAGAGUAGAUUCGACAAAUGAGGGUGAGGAGACGAGCACGGGAAAGAGGAAGGAAUCAAGUACCACUCUUUCAAAGUCGGUAAGGCGUCGCCUUUUGUUUGACUAGUACCACUCUUUUAGCUGUUGGUGUCCCCUGUCUGAUUUAUGAAAUGCAAAUGCUGCAGUUUAAAAUGUGUAUAAAGUUCCUUUUUUCAGCUAAUCUAGAUAGUUUGAGCAUUCUUUUGUUA